AUGGAUGCUAGUCAAGGCCCAGGCCAGGGCAGUCCAGAAAGCCCCAACCGGGCCGUGGAGUACCUUCUUGAACUCAACAACAUCAUCGAGAGCCAGCAGAAGCUUCUGGAAACCCAGCGGCGCAGAAUUGAGGAGCUGGAGGUUCAACUUGACCGGCUCAGCCAAGAGAACAAGGACUUGCGUUUGGACCGACAGCCUCCUCCUCCGCCUGCUCCUCCUCCCGAGCCUCCUCUUCCUCCUCCUCCUCCGCCGCCUCCCCCGGCUCAGACCACAUCCAUUUCUACCAAGAAUCACCAUCACCACAACAGCCAAGCUCCUCCCCAACCGCCCUCCUCAAUCCCCCUCCACCACAGCCACCACCACCACCAGCACCACCACUCUUCAACCCACCACUCCUACAACAGCAUCACUACAACCGCUAUUUCAGUUCUUGCUCCGUCCUCAGCCCCAACUUCCAUCUCUAUCCCAACCCAAAUUCCAGCUCCAGUCUCCUCCUCCUCAGCUCCAGCUCCACCUCCCCCUCCUCCAAUCCCACCUAGGGAUCAGCCGCGGACCCACAGCCGGCUGACCCGAGUGCCCUCCACCAGCACCGGCACCAACACAAACUUUGUGGAGAAAGAGAAGGAGAGGCUCGAGCGCCUGCACAGAGCCAACGCUGCCAACAACCACCAUGCCCACACCCUCCACCACCACAAAUCUGUGGAGGGUGACCCUCAGUGUCCGGAGGCGCUCACUUUUUCUGAUUCAUCCUUCGGCCAUCCGCCUCCCUUCCAUCGCUAUAGCAACAGCCCCCUUUCCAGCCCCUGCGACCCCUAUAGCUCCACCUCCUCCAGCGGGCCCCUGGGAGCUUCUCACAUACACAAGCAGGGCAGCUCUCCCAUCUCUUCCCCCAGCCCAGCAAGCCUCGCCUGGGCUCAGCGCAGUCGACACCAGCCGGCCAGCCUGGCGCUACGCAAGCAAGAGGAGGAGGAGAGCAAACGCUGCAAGGCUCUAUCUGACAGCUAUGAGCUCUCUACAGACCUCCAGGACAAGAAGGUGGAGAUGCUGGAGAGGAAGUAUGGGGGCCAGUUCGUGUCCCGGAGGGCGGCGAGGACAAUUCAGACCGCGUUCAGACAGUACCGCAUGAACAAGAACUUUGAGAGGCUUCGCAGCUCCGCCUCCGAGAGCAGGAUGACCCGCCGCAUCAUCCUGUCAAACAUGAGGAUGCAGUAUUCGUUCGAUGAGCGUCAGCCACAGGGUCAAGGAUCAGCGGGUCAACAGGGUUCGGAAGAUGCUGGAGAUGUGGACGACUCUUUCUCAAAGCAGGUUAAGUCUCUGGCUGACUCCAUGGACGAUUCGCUUACCUGCCAGUCAGGCCGUGAAGACUCCCAAGAAGCAGGAGGAGAGGGAGAGGAAGACGAUGAUGAGGAUGAGGAGGAGGGAGAUGAAGAAGAGGAAGAGGAGGAAGAGGAAGGUGAGGAGGAUGAGGAGGAAGACGAGGAUGAUUACAGACAGUGUGCAUGGCGCAACACCAGUGCAUCCUCCCAACGUGCCGCAGGCCGGGCCGGAGGAGGGAGGGGUGGCUUGGGAGGAGGCGCCGCUAUGCACGAGGACAGCACCACCACCUCCUUCAGUGAUGUCACACUUUACAUGGACGAGGGCUGCCUCCCCUCCUCACCACUCUCCCGUCCCGCCUCCAGCUCUGAUACAGAGUACUGGGGAGGAGGGGGAGGAGGAGGUGCAGGGGGUAGGGAGGACAGUAGAGAGACGGAGGGAGGUAGCAAUGCUAGCCGGAGGAGCAGCACUCCCUGCACAGAGUGUCGGGGGGAGUACAGAGGGAGGGCAGGAGGAGGAGGCGGACACCUUCCCGUCCUGACCAUCGAACCGCCCAGUGACAGCUCGGUGGACAUGAGUGACAGGUCAGAGCGAGGGUCUAUCGGACGCCUGGUGUACGAACAGGAAACUUCAGGAAUCGAGCGAGGUGGAGUCGAGAGGGAGAGGAGGGGAGGCGGAGGGGAAGGUGAAAGUGGGGAGGACGAGCGAGGAGGAGGAGGUGGAGUAAGCAGCGAAGCUGACUCUCCACAAGGAACCAUCAAACACAAACCAAACGGCCGCUCGGUUGCCACAGCACAGGGACAGACUCGCAGCCCCUCAAACGUCCCUCUGCCGAUGCCUUCAGCUCGCACCUUGCCCUCUCACCCACUCCCUCACCCCCUCCAACACUCGCACUCUCACCCACACCCCCACCCUCACCCUCACCCCUCGCCCAUCCCCCACCUCCCCACCAUCCUCCACCACCACCCACAGUACAGCCAGCCGCACAUCCUGCACAUGCACCACGGACACGGCGGCAGCCCUUACAUGCAGCACCACUUUGCCCAGCACCACUACCACCACCUGCACCACCAACACCACCACCACCUCCCCCAUGCAUACCCGGAACCCCCCUCUUCCCCACUACCCUCCCCCGUACCACCGCUCACACCUCUCUCACCCCUGCCGCCGCCGCCGCUCACGCCCUCGCCGCUGUCCUCGUCUUCGUCCUCGGCGCUCCAAAAUAUGGAGGCGCAGCAACACCACGGCCACCACCCCCACCUCCAUCACCACCACCUGCUCUGCUCGGAUGGCGAUAACGAGAGCGUCAACUCCACCACCACCAACUCCAACGACGACACGACGGUCAACAACUGCAGCUCUGGCUCCUCGUCGCGCGACAGCCUGCGGGAGCCGAUUGGAGGAGCCACGCUGGGGAAGCAGACCUAUCAGAGAGAGAGCCGUCACAGCUGGGAUUCACCUGCCUUCAACAACGACGUGGUGCAGCGGCGGCAGUACCGAAUCGGACUCAACCUGUUUAACAAGAAGCCGGAGAAAGGGAUCCAGUACCUGAUCGAGAGGGGUUUCGUGUCAGACACGCCAGUGGGCAUUGCCAGGUUCAUCCUGGAGAGGAAAGGACUUAGCAGACAGAUGAUCGGAGAGUUCCUGGGCAGCCGGCAGCAGUUCAACAAGGACGUCCUUGACUGUGUCCUGGAUGAGAUGGAUUUCUCGGGGAUGGAUCUGGACGAUGCGCUGAGGAAGUUCCAAGCUCAGAUUAAAGUUCAAGGUGAAGCUCAGCGGGUGGAGCGACUAGUGGAGGCCUUCAGUCAGCGGUACUGUGUCUGUAACCCAGUGCUGAUCCGGCAGUUCCAGAACCCGGACACCAUCUUCAUCCUGGCCUUCGCCAUCAUCCUCCUCAAUACAGACAUGUACAGCCCCAAUGUCAAGCCAGAGAGGAAGAUGAAGCUCGAGGACUUCAUCAAAAACUUGAGGGGUGUUGAUAAUGGUCAGGACAUCCCCAGAGACCUGCUUGUGGCGAUAUAUGGAAGGAUCCAGAAGUGGGAGCUGAGGACCAAUGAUGACCACGUGUCGCAGGUCCAGGCAGUGGAGAGGAUGGUGGUUGGCAAGAAGCCUGUGCUGUCCCUGCCUCAUCGCAGGUUGGUGUGCUGCUGUCAGCUGUUCGAGGUUCCUGAUCCAAACAGAGCUCAGAGGAGUGGUGUCCACCAGAGAGAAGUUUUCCUGUUCAACGACCUACUGAUGGUGACGAAAAUCUUCCAGAAGAAGAAGACUUCGGUGACGUACAGCUUCAGACAAUCGUUUCCGCUGGUCGACAUGCAGGUGCACACCUUCCAAAACACCUACUACCCUCAUGGUAUCAGACUGACGUCAGCGAACCCCGGAGGCGAGAGGAAGGUGCUGAUUGUCUUUACAGCACCAAGCCAGCAGGACCGAGCACGAUUCACCUCAGACCUCCGAGAGAGCAUCGCAGAGGUGCAGGACAUGGAGAAGUACCGAGUGGAGUCUGAGCUUGAGAAGCAGAAAGGCGUGAUGCGUCCCGGGAUGUUGACAGGGGGGGGCGCGGGAGGCGUGGGGACGCCUGGGGGAGGGCCCAACAUCGGCGGAGGGCCUGUCAAGAGCGAGGUGGUGAACGGCACCCUGGGUAGACCGAGCCUCGACGACACGUACGCCUCUGUGGAUGGACUCAAACGCACUGCGCUCAGCUCCUCGCUCAGAGACCUCUCAGAGACAGGGAAGCGAGGUCGUAGGAACAGCGUGGGGUCAUUGGACAGUACCAUUGAAGGUUCCAUUAUUAGCAGCCCUCGGCCUCAUCAGCAGUGCCCCCUGCCAGCUGGAGGUCUUUCCUACAGUCCCAUGAUGAUCCCUUCCUCUCCAACAGCCUACCGGCCACACCGCCCUACUCAGAGCCCCGGUACGGGGGUGGGGGGUGGGCCGGGGCUCUGUCACAACCAGGGAGGGGUUACAACCUCCCCACUCGUGAGCGGGGGAGGGGUUGGGGGCGGAGGAGGGAUGCCGGUUGGGGGCGGACCAACUGGCGGCGGCCUGCUGGGGAAUUUCUUCGGCAGUCGCAGAGGCAAGGUUCCUGGUCCCCUGACGAUGACGUCGCCCCCUCCUCAGGGUCCCCCGAGUCCCCUGAUGAUAUCAUCACCCCCCCACUACCCCGCCCCCGCACCUCCCAUCCCCCACCCAUCCUCCCCUUCCCCAUGCCCCUCCCCAUCGGCCAACCUCGGGCAAUCGGACUCAGGAGGAGUUGGCGGGGGAGGAGGUACGGGAGGGGUACCGUCCAAGCUCCAGGCUUUGCACGCCCAGUAUUGCCACGGCAACAGUGGAGGAGGCGGAGUGAGUGUUACUGGGCACCAACAGCAGCAGACUCCACCCCCACCCUACCACCACCAUCACCGCUACCACAUGCAGAACAUACCACAGCACCACCCCCUUUCGCACAGGUUCUCCGCACCCCGGCGGCAAGGCCCGUCCGGCUGCGCUCCCUCUCUUACCCAGCAGCAUCAGAGAUUGCAACAUGGCGUCGCCCAGCACCCACGCUACAACAUGGCAUCCGGCUUCAACACGCCCCCACCGCUAUCCCCGCACUCCCCUGUCACUCCCACUACCCCACACGGACUCUACCACUCGCACCCCGUGGUGGGACGACCGGGUGGAGGCGCCAAACUCCCACUGACUAUUUCGCAUUCUCAGCCCCACCCCCACGCUCACACUCACUCUCACAACCACGCCAUGCACACACACUCCCCACUCAGCCCUUCCCCAUCCGCCUCCCCGUCCACCCACUUCAUCUUCUCCACCCCACCACCCCAGACUCCCUCGGCACGACUCCUCACCCAGACGCCUCAGCAGCCCUAUACACCUCAGUAUCCACCCCUCUCCUCUAUCCCACCUCCUCCUCCGCACUCCCCCUUACCUCCCCCAUCGACCGCCCCACUCUCCCCGCACCCACCAGGGGUGGGGGGAGGACAAGGGGGCGGGCCCAAAUCGAAACCCGUCAACCGGAUCAGCACGGUCGUGUAA